AUGGCGCUCAAGCUGUUCAGUGAUAGGAGAUUAUCUCCACCCACCACCCUACAGCGCGGCUUUGCUAACUCUGACCACAGUUCUGCACAGCACGUGUUUCAAAGCGUCUUCAGACACGGUUCUGGGGGACCCGGGAGUGGCGUGAGUCUGUCUGUCCGUCUGUCUGUGGGGCUCGGGCCUAGCUCGUCCCGAGAACUGUACCUCACGCAUGCCCCACGCGCACCCCUCACCUACUCGGGUGGGCGUCGUGGGUCCUCCAGUCCCCCUGCGAGGGCCGAGCGCUGCCGCCCAUUGGCUGAAGCCCACCACGAGGCCAGCCCCGCACAGUCAUCCCCGGGGGCGCGCUGCCCACGCCUCAGUGACUCAGUGACUCUCGCCACGCUCGCUUCCCGACUCCAUUGUCUCCGAGGUCCUUGGCUCUCCUUCCACUGCCUCCGCGACAUUUUGCCCGUUGGUGGCCAGGCCGCCACUCCGCAGCUGCCCCGAGUAGCUGCUAGACGCGUGGCUUCUGUGCCAUCUUCGGGUUUUUUUCCAGGGGACCUCCGGCUGCCAUCAUGGCUGGAUGUCGAAUUGCCAAUACUUCAAUCCGAACAUGAGAGGAGAAUGAUGUCUAUGCAAAUGAUGACCAACUCAAUAAGUGAUGCCAUGGAGAGGUACAAGGAGCUCAUACAAGCGAACAGUUCCUACCGCAUCAGGCACUCCCAGCUCCUGCGUGAACAAGCUCAAUUGAAGAACAAAAUACAGAUUUUGCUGAAUGAGAAGAGAGAACAGCUGGUGGAGCAGACUGAACUGCCAGCAUCCUCUGUGGAGGCAAAGAGGCUCUGUGAAGAGGCCGGAAUGAACAUCUGUGUCCCCAGUGCCAAGCAACAGCAGCCUCUGCUUCCGGCCCUGCUCCAGGUUCCUGCCUUGAUUACUGCUCAGUCCGUGUUCCAUGGAUGAUGAAGGACAAGCUUUAAAAUGAAAUAAACCUCUCCCUUCCCACCUAGCUUUGGUCUUGUGUUUAUCAUAGCAACAGAAAUCCUGACAAAAAUUCACCUUCACUAAGUCUGACAUCUUCACAAGUUCUAACUCAAAAACUGUAAUUUUUAUCAUCCUGACCCCCCACACACAUACACACCACGCCUUAUAACUACUGAUGAGAUUCCUAAAUCUGUUGGCCAU